AUGUCAGACCUGUUCGUCAAUCGUACUACUCCCAAUGGCCACAAAUACCAGCAGCCAACGGGCCUCUUCAUCAACAAUGAAUUCGUCAAGUCGACAAGCGGGCUAACCAUAACAUCAAUCGACCCAGCCACUGAAGCGGAAAUCGCAACAGUGCACGCUGCCGGCGCCAACGACGUUGACAAGGCUGUCCAAGCCGCACAGGCAGCAUUCAAAGCUCCAUCCUGGAAGAAACUCCCCGCCACAGACCGGGGCAGACUGCUCGUGCGCCUAUCCGAGCUCAUCGAAGAGAAGAAGGAGCUUCUCGCAACUAUUGACGCAUGGGACAAUGGCAAAACAUACGACCUGGCAAUGGAAGACGACCUCCCCGACACAAUCGGCACAUUCUGGUACUACGGCGGCUGGGCAGACAAGAACUUCGGGCAAACAAUCGAAACCUCCCCCGAGAAAUUCGCCUACACCCUCCGCCAGCCCAUCGGGGUCGUCGCCCAGGUCAUCCCCUGGAACUUCCCCCUCGCCAUGGCAGCCUGGAAACUCGGCCCUGCACUCGCAUGCGGAAAUACAGUCGUCAUAAAGGCCGCCGAACAAACCCCGCUAAGCAUUCUAGUUCUGGCAACCCUAAUCAAACAAGCUGGGUUCCCGCCGGGGGUGGUGAAUAUCAUCAACGGGUUCGGGAAUGAAGCAGGGACGGCGUUGAUUGAGCACCCACUGGUGUCGAAAGUAGCAUUCACCGGCUCAACGCGCACAGGCGCCCAGAUCAUGAAGUCCGCUGCGGCGAUGCUCAAGAAUAUUACCCUAGAGACAGGCGGGAAAUCACCCCUGCUUGUCUUUGACGACGCGGAUCUUGACCAGGCUGUGAAGUGGGCGCAUAUGGGUAUUAUGGCAAACCAGGGCCAGAUCUGCACGGCUACCUCGCGGGUCUUCGUGCAGGAUACCAUCUACGAGAAGUUCCUGGCGGCGUUUAAGGAGCGGGUGUACGAGACGACGGUGUCCGGGAUUGGGGACCAGUGGGCGUCAUCGACGUUCCAGGGGCCCCAGGUUACGAAGGCGCAGUGUAACCGUGUGCUUGAGUAUAUCGCGAUAGGAAAAUCUGAAGGGGCGACUCUUGAAGCUGGGGGCGGGCCAUUCAGUGGCUCUUCUACCUCCGGCAAGGGCUUCUUUGUCACCCCGACGGUGUUUACGAAUGUCUCGGAUAGCAUGAGGAUCUAUAAAGAGGAGAUAUUUGGGCCUGUUGUUGUGAUUGUCCGCUUUGGCACGGAGGAUGAAGCAAUUGCCCAGGCGAAUAAUACGCUGUAUGGCCUUGGUGCGGCGGUGUUCACAACGAACCUACGCCGGGGGCACCGGGUAGCUGCAGAGAUUGAGGCUGGCACGGUCUGGUUGAAUAGCUCUCAGGACAGUGACCAUCGCAUUCCGUUUGGGGGGUUCAAGGCCAGUGGGAUUGGGAGGGAGCUGGGACAGGCUGGGUUGGAGGCUUAUACGCAGGUAAAGGCUGUUCAUGUUAACAUGGGGAAUGACUUGUGA